AUGAUUAAACAACAGCAACUUAAGGCGCAAAGCACCCAGGUCCUUCAGACCAUUACAUACGCCAUAUAUGCAUAUAAUUCAAAGACGGCAGAACAAACGCAAAGGUUGAAAUAUGGAGAUUUGGAGAUAGUAUUGAAAAAUGACCGUUUCGAAUUCGUUUGCAAAGGUGGUGCAGUGAUAUCAAAUAUAAAAGAAAUUUUAUUUAUGAAUUCAAAAAUUAAAGGAAUAACGGAUGAUAUAACAUCAAUUCCACCAGAAGAACAGAGAUAUUACGCAUUAAAUGCAUUUCCUAAAGUUUUGAAGAUUGGAAGAUUUAAUUUAAAUGAGGAAUUCAUAGAAGGUUUCCUAAACGACAUAAUGAAGAAGGUGGAUAAGGAAUAUGUGGAUAGUGAAUUAAAUAAGAAGGCAAAUUUGGUUUAUGUAGAUGAAAAAGAUAAUGAAAUUAAAGAAAAGGUUGAAUGGUAUCAUGAAUGGACAUCGGAGACUUUUAAAGUUAAAGCUGAUACAGGAUGGGUUUUAGGAUGUUUAGACCUUAAAGCAGAUAAAACUUAUGUUGAUGAAAAUUAUGCAAAGAAGUCGGAAGUAAAUGAUGUGAUUACAAGCAUGAAAAAUGAAAUACUUCAAACAUUAUAUCCUGUUGGUUCUAUUUAUACGUCAAUGAAUUCAACAAAUCCAGAAACAGUUCUGGGUUUUGGUAUGUGGAAGCAGAUUGUAGAUAAAUUCUUAUACUGUGCUAGAUAUUCAAAGCAAACAGGAGGUUCAAAGAAAAUUAAAGAAGCAAACCUUCCACCGCACACUCAUACAGGAACGACAAACUUUUCUGGCGACCAUAGACACUCAUUAAGAGACCACCCAUUAUACAACUCAGAGUAUGAAGCCGGUUAUGACGUUUUAUCUCCAGCUUAUAACGAUUCAACAAAAAAGACUUUUCGACAAACUGAACCAGGAGGAAAUCAUUCACACACUUUCACAACAAAUCCAACAGGCUUGGGUAAAGAUUACAUGCCACCAUUUGUGACUGUAUUUGCAUGGUACCGCGUUCAUUGA